CGUAUUGCGUCACUGUUUACAUCUGGAAAGGAAAGCCUUUGUUUUGGUUCGAAGCCUCCGACACCAAAUUCGGCGAUUUUAGCCUUAAUUUGGCUUGAUAUGCGGUAGAAUAUAUGGGGAGGAAUAGAGGCAAUGAUUUGACGGAGCAGGGUAACGUGAAAAUUGGAGAAGAGGACAGAACGAAGGUGAACCAUGUUCAAGAUCAGUAACCGACUGGUUCAGGCCAGCGAGGCCUCAUCUCCCAGGGAACACCUGGAGGAGGAACACGUACGCGCCGGGAGGGACGGCGAGACGGGCUUCGUCGAACGGUUGAGGAACGAGGGAGGGUUGAACAGCAGGGAUAUUUUCUGUGACCUUAGAGUUCCUGACGAGUUUCAGACGAGAAAACACGAGAUAGAUGUUGUAGUUUUGACAGCACAUGGUGUUUACUGUAUUGAAGUGAAGAACUGGUCGGGUGAGUUGGAGAGGGGUCAGGACGGACAGAGUUGGAUACAGAAAAGACUGUCGGCCAAUGGGAAGGGCAGAAAUGGCACUGUUGAUUAUGUUAUACAACACCACGACGUUGUAGCAGAACUAAAGGUAAGGACAAAUCUACUGAGAAAUCACAUGUUGCGGGCGGGCUGCGGACUGAAACAGAAAUACUUCCACUCCCGCGUUGUGUUACUCAACCCCCACCUCCACGUGGAGGACGGCAUAGCGUCCGAUCCCCAGGUCGUCAUGCACGACAAGUGCGCAGAGUUCAUCGGGUCAUUCCAGCAAACGUACCUCGGUAUGAUAACGGAUGCUAUCUCACCAGCUUUACUCACAGGCCAACUGUCUUAUGCACAAAUCGACCAAGUACGGAAUGUCCUGAAAACGAUCGGAACGUGGGACGUGGUAGACUUGCACGGCGGGAAGAGACUGAUCGGAGACUUCAAGAGCUGCAAACAGGUAACUGUGAACCGUAAGGAGACGGAACUGCUGGAGUUCUCCCACCAGCGGAACGGUUACGUCAGCGCCAUGUGGGCCCUGCUGGGAUACAUGCCACAGGUCUCUGUGACCCUGUAUGACAGAGGCGGUGCCGGCUGGAUCUGGCACUCCUCCUCCGGUGUCAUCAAUGUGCCCUACAACGCAGAGAUCGUGUUCCGCAUCUGCGGAGAGGAGGCGGACGCCAAGAUUCCAGCCAACGACAUCGACAGAAUCACCCUCAGUAUCUAAAGCCUUUACAGCAGGGUUCUAGCCAGCAUCCAUCCUUCCAUCCUUUGACAGAAUUUUGCUGCUGGGGACGGAAAAAAAUUUUUCCUGUUCCAUGAAAUGAAAAACAAAAUAAUGAAAUUUUGCAAAGAUCUCCAGAAAUUCAACACAGAUGCCAUUAAACCAAGCUGAUGUCUACCAUACCAGCAGAAUGUGCCCCUCAAAAUGCAGGAAAUAUAUGAUAUAUAUAUAUAUAUAGCAAAGCAGAGGGUGGUAGAUUUGAAAAUUUUUCCAGACCCCCCUAGGACCAUCGCAUGGAAGCCUCUGGCUCUUCAAGACAACAGGAUUUCUGUUCAAUAUCCAGGGGAUGGAAAAAAGACAGGCUGGCUAGAACACUGCUUUGUAGAUAACUGCGAAAGGAAUUAAUAUUCUUUCUCCCAAAGAAAGUCAGACUGAGAAGAACAUGCUCAGUGAUUGGCACUUUCGUUGUUGGGAGAAUUGACUCUCCUGAUAACUUGGCUCCAUCGAAUAAUGCAUCAUCUACCCUACAGUGUUUUCAAUUUUCUUAAAGGUGUUAGGACUCCUUCGGUUUCUGCUGCAAGAAAACACACAAGUUGACCUUGUUAGUCAUUAAAUUUGUGUGGAUAGUAGGAAAGUGUUCUUUUUUACUUAGCGGUCUUUGUAUAUGAAUAUAUCAACUUGGUAUGGUGUGUUGUAUUACAUUUUAUGAUGUAACGUAGCAGAAAUGCUAAAUGUGAAAUUUCAUUCUCUCAAAGGUUUGACAUGUGUUGAAUAGGCAGUUUUUUUUGGUGUUUUGUGUUACUUGCAAUAAUAUUAAUAUAUUGUAAACUGUUACAUACACUCAAGCUAAAUACUAGUACAUAAAAAUGACAUUGACUUGAUCGAUCAGUGCAAAAUGACAACAGCAAAACUGAAAACCUUUACUUUUGUGGAUUAUAAUUUGUAUGGUGAAGAUAUAAGGUGUGUGUUGAAAAAAUACUCCAAAUUGUGAAAUUACAAGUUACACAAAGUCAAAUGCUAAAAAAAUGGAAGGUAUCUCCGUGAAAUGUUAUACAUGUACCAACAUUUCUAUACAAACCUAUGAUAGAUGUCGUCUUAAAUGUCAGAUAUGAUAUUUUUCAUGUACAUGUUCAUCUAUUGUAUGAUAUCAUAUAGCAUUAUGAAUGUGUCCACCAAAUGUUGCCUUCAUUAUUCAAUAUUCUUGCUAUUUCAUAUUCUGUGUUGCUCGUGAAAUAGCUGUUUGACAUGACAAUCUAUUCUGUAGUAAUGUAAUUUGACUUAAAACUUGGAAGUCAAAGUAAAGUGAAAAGCAGAAACCCUUUUCUAUCCUGUAUAAUUUACUUAGUACUACAUACUUAGACCACCGUAAAGCUAAGGAUGCAUAAAUACAUUGUAUUAAUUGUAUUCAGGCUGUAGCAAGUGGAGAGUAAAUCUUGGUCUAGUAAUUUGCUAGUUCGUAAAGUAUUUUUGUGUGUUUCAGGCCAGUAUUAUGAACAUUGUUUACUGUUUCUAUAUUCUAGCACAUUUUAUGAAACAUAUAACCCGUCAGUUUAAAAGUUUGCUGCAUUUAACUAUGAAAUUAAUACCUUUUUAUAUGAGAUGCUGCAAAGGUGGUUUAGAUUUGCCUACUUCUUUAACAGAGAUACAAAAUACCAACUGCAAGUUCAUACAUUGUAUUAAUUUAUAAGGUGUUCUGUCAAGGAAAAAUGUUGGAAAAAUUGUAUGUCAGUGUGCUGUGCCUAGUAGUUUGUAUUGCUUAUUGAUAUCAUUUUCCAUACUCCUUUGUGCACGUGUAACAAUUUCAGUGGAUGAACGUGUAAAACGCUUUAUACACUCUCACCAGAAACAUGACUGUACAAUAUCAUAGUGUUGUAUACGACAUAAUACUUCAUAAUACAACUUGACUAUCAACAUCGUAAGUGGUGAGUAUAUAUAGAAUAUGAAUAUAUAUUGUAUAUUAUAUAUAUUGAAACACAUUGUACAAAUGCGACUAGUCUUGACACCAUGUGUAUUGACUGUUUCACUGUAUAAGGAACUGUAGACCAUCUGGGUUAUAAUAAGCCAAAUCACAGUUACAGGUGCACAUGCACCAUUGUGAUGCAUUGUGGCCUAAUUGUACUGUAUCUGCCCGUUUGGCAAAGUCUCUCUGCAAUAUACUUUGCACCUUUUCUACAA